UGUGCUGCUGUCGGAAGUGCAAUUCCAAUAUGUCGUCAAGCCCAGACUAAAUUAGAGGUUUGUCUGUACAUGUUUCUCUGGAGCCCAGACAUUGAAGCUGUUCUAGUGGCCAUGUCCUGUUUUCGAAGCCUAUGUGAGGAAGCGGAUAUACGUUGUGGAGUUGAUGAAGUAUCUGUUCAUAAUUUCUUGCCAAAUUAUAACACUUUCUUGGAGUUUGCUUCUGUAAGCAACAUGAUGUCUCUGGGUAGAGCAGCUUUACAGAAGCGUGUCAUGGCCUUGCUAAGAAGAAUAGAACAUCCAACUCCUGGGAACACAGAAGCUUGGGAAGAUACGUAUGCAAAGUGGGAGCAAGCCACCAAGUUGAUUCUGAACUUCCCAAAAGCUAAGCUGGAAGAUGGCCAGGUCACAGAAAGC